AUACUAUGUACUGCCGGGGUUAUGUUAUUGUUAUUGUCGGUCACGUAGGCCCGAGAGCGAGAGAUCCGACACUAGACAGAAAUGGAGGAAAUUAGAGGAGGAGCGCUUAAAGUGCGACAGAGAAGGCAAUAUAAUGGCGUGACAACGACAACAAACAUGGCGGCGCCGGUCGCCGGGCAGACCGGUUUCUAUAUGAUUUGUAGGUAGGUACUUUACCACGUGCGUUCUGCGCCGUACAGCUGCAUUGAUCUGUCGUUCCUGUAGCGUGUUUAUAAACAAACCCUUCUAGAAGGUCACCCGAGAGAAAUAGAAAAUCAAAAGAAAGACGGCAGUACAUUCAGCCAGACUGUACAAUUUAAAAUCGGCACUAAUUUUCACCAUGAAUUGAAAGGUUCCGAAAAUUAGCUUUCAAUUUAACUAGAAACCAUGUGUUUAGUUAAAAAAAUCCUUUUUUUAUGUGAUUCGUGAUUCCUCUUGAAUUUCUUUGUUUUCUUAAUUAACUAAAUUUUAUAAGACGUUAUUUACGUAACGUAUUUAUUUACCUUUAAUGACUAGAGUAUUUUGACAAAAAAAAGGAACAUUAGGAAACAUAAAAGUAGAUAGGUAUAUAAAUAGCAUGGAACAUAGAAGACACAAGUAACGUGUGGUUAUAUAGGAUGAUGCAAUACCGCAAUACGUCGUUACGAAAGUUAAUUAGGUACCUAGACUGUUAGAUAGGUUUAAUGCAAGAACCUAAAAUUUUCAUAAACCAAUAAACUAGUUGAGGAGUAUUUGGUAGAUGUUCGGAAAGAAUUAGAAUGAGCAAGCGAGCGAGUACGCAUGCGCGAGAAACAGAGGCCAAAACAACGACGCACCUCGCACGAUCUGGCGACCGGCGGGGAGAAGAAUGAACUGAGGGGCAAGAGGUACUACGUAUGAUGUGCGCGCCGGUUCGCGUUGACUCCGCGCGUCCGCGACCUGAGUCGCGAUCCUCAAUUCCUCAGUUGGAUUUCAGAACAUCGGAUAGGCGGGCGUGUGUAGGAUGGAUCGCUAACGAUACCAGCAGUUUUUUAUUCCGUCUUCUAAGAGUGUUUGUUUAUUACCUUCCGGCACAAUUUACGUACAUCCUUCUCGACGGUGGUGCUUUUUUCGUUAAUUUCUCGAAUUAUUUUCGGCGUUUUUUUUUUCCUUCAUCUUUUAACGCUGUACCGAUUUCACGUCGAUAAGGCGACCGCCACAAGUUUGAAAGCGGCUUUUGAAGAGUAGUACACCUACUCGUUUUAAAUAUCAUUAUCGCUGUAUCAACGUAUCAAGCAAUCAAGAUGGUCAAGAAGGUAUCGGAAGAGAGUGUAGAUAGCGGUGUGGGUCGCUGUAGCAGCCAGUCGGGGAGUGAACGCGAGUCAGAUGAGACUCCAAGGGGCGCCGAGCAGUCCGCGCCGGUCGACAUCCCCGACAGCGAGGACAUGCAGCGACGCAAGGAAGAGGCGCGCAGGAAGCGUCGCAGGAAGAAGCGUUCUGGAAGCUCCGUUGUUACUUCAUGUUUCCAAGACCUGUACAAGUUGACGGGCGAGGUUUUGGGCGAGGGCGCAUACGCCUCGGUUCAGACGUGCGUUAACAUUUACACGGGGCUCGAGUUCGCUGUGAAGAUCAUCGACAAAGUACCGGGGCACGCCCGCGCCCGGGUGUUCCGGGAAGUGGAGACCUUCCACUACUGCCAGGGACACCCGAACAUAAUCCAGCUCAUCGAAUUCUUUGAGGACACGGACAAGUUCUAUCUUGUCUUCGAAAAGAUCAAUGGCGGUCAGCUCCUCUCUCGUAUACAGGAGCACCAUUACUUUUCUGAGCCGCAAGCGGCGGAGAUAGUACGCGAGCUGGCGAACGCCCUGCACUUCCUCCACGGGAAGGGAGUCGCUCACAGGGACUUGAAGCCCGAGAACAUUCUGUGCGUGUACCGCGACAGGCUGUGCCCGGUCAAGAUCUGCGACUUUGAUCUGGGCAGCGGCAUCAGCUUCACGUCGAGCGUAGCGAGCCCGCUGGCCACGCCGCAGCUGAUGACGCCGGUGGGCAGCGCUGAAUUCAUGGCACCCGAAGUGGUGUCCCUGUUCGCGGGCUCGGCUGCGACGCACUAUGACAAACGAUGUGACCUGUGGUCGCUGGGCGUCAUCGCCUACAUUUUACUCUGUGGGUAUCCGCCGUUCCGCGCCGACUGCGGAGCUGAUUGCGGAUGGGAGCGCGGAGAGAACUGCCGCGCCUGUCAGGAUCUCCUUUUCACUUCGAUACAGGAGGGUCGUUAUUCGUUCCCCGAAGAAGAAUGGUCACACAUUUCUUCUGAAGCGAAAGAUUUGAUUCGGCAACUGUUGGUGCGCGAAGCCUCCCACCGACUGAGCGCGGAACGCGUGCUCCAGCACCACUGGCUUCGUCGCGCCGACCCGCACGCUCAGCACCCUAAGCUGCAGACCCCUCAUAAUAUUAAACGGAACUUAUCCGCUCGCAACCUGUCGGAGUUCGCGGAGUCUGCGAUGGCGGUCAACCGCGUGAUCCAGCAGCACUUCUCGAUGAACUACUCGUACAUGGAGCGCCCGGCGGCGGUGCGGUGCAGCAAGUCGUGCUGCGGGGGCGCGGCGGGCGGCGCGGCGUCGCUGCUGGAGGCGGACGAGUUCGCGCCGCUGGGGCUGUCCCCGCCGGCCGAGUCGGAGCUGCUGCGGCGCCGCCUGCAGCCGCCGGUGCACUAGCCGCCGCCGAGCCCGCCGAACGACCCGAUACGGUUUCAUUUGAGCCAUUAAACGUAUAUUUUUAUUGAUAAUGAAAACGACUGAGUAGUUUUUACGACGUGUAGCGUGCCGCGGGCGUCCCGGGCUCCGCACCAGGCGUGGAUGAUAUUUUUGGAUUUUUAAAAUCCUCAUUUUGAAGUCGAGCUCGUACUCGUGUGCGGUCGCCUUCCUUUCGUGGCCUAUUCCUUGCAAUAAAUAGAAAUUAUGUAAUUUUCGACGGCGUUUUCGGAUCCUAGUCUGUUUAUGUGAUUGUUUUUAUGCAUUUUUACUGAUUAUUAAAAAAAAAAACGCAUCUCAAUCUUUAAAUUUCGAAUCGAUCUAUGAAAUGAGAAAGGUAGUUGAAGUGCGGGCGAUAUGUGACAUUUUUAUAAGGUGCAAGUGUAAAUAUUCUCGCGUUUAUUUCGAUCAUUACAUAAUUAUAAUAUUUUGGAUAUGUAAAAUAAGAAUAAAAUUCUCUUAGUAUUGUCCGACGAACAGAACGGAUGCUUGUGAAUAGAUUGUAUGAAACGUCAUAUAUGCUACGCUACUACAGUAGGCUACUUGCUACUUAAUUAACCGAGAGGCCGAAACAUUACACAAUUCUUAAAUUACUCAAAGAGUUUAAUGAAAAUCUUUGUAAAAGAUUGCAAUUUUUAAUAGAUCUACUAAUUAAAAUAUCUCGAACGAAGUAUAAUAUGAUGAUAAUUAUGUGUUGGCAAGUUGUCCUCUGUGAGUACCUACUUUAAGUGUUGCAUGGGGUUCCAUGGAGCUGCCAUAACAUUGUGAUCAGUUUGAAUACUUUUAUAUUGCUGAAAGAAUGUGGUGUUGAUAUUGUUAAGUGUAGACUUGCUAGACUGUAAUCCUGCGUAGUUCGUUGAUUGGACGAGGAAUGAAAAUGUACAAAUCAGUUGGCCGUUAUUGUUUACAUUAUAAAUUUUAUAUUACACAAAUUAUAAUAAAAAUUAUAUUUAUGUUUUGUAAUUCGUAUCUGAGUGAGUGGCUUUAAUCCAAUCAAUUUAAAAAAAUUACAUACGCAGAUGUUUGUUGAAAUUUUGUUUUACGACUAAAUCAUUGAUUUGAAAUGUCAUUUGAAAUACAGAUGUUUGAAUUUU